UUGUGUAACGCCGCCGUUGAGCUUCCGCCGCGGCCGCUUCGUGACCUGAGCGGCUGAGCAGCUCCACCUCCUUCGCCUCUCUCCCCUGCCCUGUCCCCUCCCCUCCCCCAAUCUCUCUCUCUCUCUCUCUCUCUCUCUCUCUCUCUCUCUCUCUCUCUCCCACAAGGCCUCGCCUCAACAAGUCCCACCGCGCCUUUCUUUAAUGGGGUGAGCCUAACAAACACUCCGAGCGACGCACAGGAGGAGAGCCCAAGAGGGGGGAGAGAGAGAGACACCACCACCGGUGCGGUGACCACACUGCUUCUCUUCCUCCCUCGCUCCCCCUGCUUCUCCUCCCCGGGACCGGGAGGCCAUGGCGCAAGGACGGGAGCCUGAGCUGUUCGCCGAGCUGUGGCGCGCCUGCGCGGGGCCGCUGGUGGAGCUGCCCCAGACGGACGAGAGGGUCUUCUACUUCCUGCAGGGCCACCUGGAGCAGCUCCAGGAGCCCACCGACCCGGCGCUGCUGGCCGAGCAGAUCAAGAUGUUCCAGGUGCCCAACAAGAUCCUCUGCAAGGUCGUCAACGUCGAGCUCAAGGCCGAGACGGAAACGGACGAGAUGUUCGCCCAGAUCACUCUGCAGCCCGACCCGGAUCAAGUGAAUCUGCCCACAUUACCUGACCCGCCGGAGACGCCGAGGCCAGUGGUGCACUCUUUCUGCAAGAUUCUCACACCAUCCGACACCAGCACCCAUGGCGGCUUCUCUGUUCUCCGGCGGCACGCAAACGAAUGCCUCCCACUACUGGAUAUGUCGAUGCCGACCCCCACCCAAGAGCUCAUCACAAAGGACUUACAUGGAUCUGAAUGGAGGUUCAAGCACAUCUACAGGGGCCAACCUCGUCGGCACCUUCUGACUACUGGAUGGAGCACGUUUGUGACAUCAAAGAAGCUGAUUGCUGGUGAUGCAUUUGUCUACCUCAGGAGUGAGACAGGAGAGCAGCGUGUUGGAGUAAGACGCCUUGUGCAGAAGCAGAGCACAAUGCCAGCAUCGGUUAUAUCCAGCCAAAGCAUGCAUCUUGGGGUCCUUGCAAGUGCAUCACAUGCUAUUAAGACUAAUUCCAUUUUCCUGGUGUAUUAUAGACCAAGGUUAAGCCAAAGCCAAUACAUCGUCAGUCUGAACAAGUACCUUGAAGCUAGUAAAAUUGGAUUUAAUGUGGGCAUGAGGUUUAAGAUGAGUUUUGAAGGGGAAGACGUCCCUGUGAAGAAGUUUUCUGGAACUGUUGUUGAUAAAGGAGAUCUCUCUCCACAAUGGCAAGGUUCUGAAUGGAAGACGUUGAAGGUCCAAUGGGAUGAAGCCACAAAUUUCAAUGGCCCUGAUAGGGUUUCCUCUUGGGAAAUCGAACCAUUCGAUGCCUCUGCACCUACCAUAAACAUACCUGUGCAACCAUCAACGAAAAACAAAAGGCCUAGGGAGAUAGCUGAAGGCCUGGAUAUUCAGGCACUGGAACCUACUCAAGAAUUUUGGCUCUCUGGAAUACCUGAACAGCAUGAGAAGGCAGGCAUUGGCUCCAGUGAGCCCAAUUGUAUCUCUGGACAUCAAGUCGUUUGGACAAGCGAACGCGCAGGAUACAGUGCCAUGAGUAGUUCAGUAUGUCAGAGUUCUGUAGUACUUGGGAAUUGGUUCAAGGACUAUAACUCAUCAAGCAAGGGGGGCUCCCCUUCCUUGUCAGAGAUUUCUCAGAAGCUGUUUCAGGUUACCAGCAAUGAUGCAAGGGUUCCUCCUUGGCCUGGGCUUUCUGCAUAUCAAGCCGAGGAACCCUCUUCCAAGUUAUCUUGCAACACUACUCUGUGCAGCUACCAGACCGAGGAGGUUGCUCGAAAUUUGUCCAAUGCUAUCGAAGAAAAGAAGGAACCCUGCAUGUUCCGUCUGUUUGGUGUCAACUUGAUUAACCAUACUAAGAGUAAGAGUAGUGCUACCACUGACAAGAUGACCAUGGGAGUAGGGGAGAUAUCGACCCGAGCUGCUGGUUCUUUUGAAGACUCUGGUCAGUUAUCGGCACUUUCAAAAGUCACAAAAGAUCAUACACAGCUCCUGAAUGAAAGCCCCCGAGAAAUUCAAAGCCAUCAGAGUUGCACUGGGAGGACUCGAAUUAAGGUUCAAAUGCAUGGAAAUGCUGUGGGCAGAGCUGUAGAUUUGGCGAACCUGGAUGGGUAUCCACAGUUGACCGGUGAGCUUGAAGAGAUGUUCGAGAUAAAAGACCUGAGUUCCAAAGAGAAAUGGAAGGUGGUUUUCACUAAUGAUGAUGGUGACACAAUGGAAGUCGGCGAUGUUCCUUGGCUUGAGUUCUGCCUGAAGGUGAGGAAGAUUGUGAUCCAUUCCAUUGAAGAUGAGGGCGAUAUGGAUCCUUGCCCGGAGCAGGACGUGAAGACCAGUUUUUAGAAGGGGGGACAGCGAUGGAAGGUGGAUUUUUGGAGCCUUUCACGGUUGAUGAUGAAGCAUCGUUGUUUCUCUGGGGCGGGAGAUGGUUGUAGCUGAAACAUGAUGGCUAGCUUGUCUUGAUGAUGCAACAGAUUGGUUGCUGGCUUCAGUUCUUUCUUCGCAAGCAUUUUGAGGAAGAAUUGAUGUAACAUAGGUUUGCAGAAAAGAAAAGAAAAGAAAAGAAAAGAAAAAAGGUUUGAUAAUGUGUCUUUAGUUUGGUUUAAAGAAGAUGACAAUCAAUUAAUGUGUGUCUAGUAGUCUACCUAAAAAGCUUAGUGGAAGCCUUUAUUGGCGUUAAGGAAUAAUGAAGAUGGGUGUAAAAGACAGACCUAUGGGAAUGUAAGUUUUGUAAAUAUCAGUAGGUAUAUCAAUAUAUGAGAGGUGAUAUUGGUUAACUA